GUUGUAAUUGUGUUCCUUUUGGGUGCCGCUGCGGAGGGUAACGGCCGGUAUGGACUAUAUCCAGGAAUUUUGCAAAAAAAUAGAAAAAAUUCAAUUCAUGUGAAAAGCACUAUAACAUGUCUACUACUGCUGAGUCGGCGGAUCUAUCUGAUAAGCAAGUGCAGUGAAAUUGAGGCAGAAGAAAGCAGCCAGAGAGAAAGAGAACCGGAAAUGGGGCGCGUGUUUACGGUGGAAGUUCAGGGCAGGCCUUACAGAUGCAGGCAUUGUCAGACCCCUCUUGCUCGCGUCGAAGAUGUCAUCUCUAAGUCUUUCAACUGCGGCCAUGGCAGGGCAUACCUCAUCACCAAUGUCGUGAAUAUAUCUCUCGGACCUGAGGAGGAAAGGAUCAUGCUCACAGGAAAACAUACUGUAUGUGAUAUAUUCUGUGUCUCCUGUGGACAAAUUCUCGGCUGGAAAUAUGCGGCAGCACAUGGGAAGUCUCAGAAGUUGAAGGAAGGGAAUUUUGUUGUUGAAAGGCGGAGGGUACUGGAGGAGGUCACUGACGACUUCAAUAUGGAUGCUUGGUCGACUUUGAGUGAAACAGGAUCUACUGAGUGAGUAAUCCGCAGAAGGCCAGUCAAUGUAUGAGCUAAUGAUGAUAUUGUGUCUAGAAACUUGUACAUUGAAAAACCUAGAGGUAGGUAGUCUGGCUGGGUAUAAACUAUGUGUAUAUAUAUAUAUAUAUUACAUGCAAAUAUGGUAGGUAAUCCUCAGGAGCUUGUAAGACACCUCCAGCUGCAACAGUGUCUAAUCUUCAUUCCUGUGGAAA